CCUCUAAGAAAAAUCCCCGUGACGUCAUUAAAUGUGAUUACGGAAGUAAACGAGGCGACGAAACAACACAGCAGGAAAAAAACUAAAUAAGUUGGUGUGUACGCUUCACUUACCUUCCAGUUCAUCAUCAUCAACAUCAUGCUGGGAGGAGGAUUCAAAGGAGAUAGACUAAAAGUCAAUCUACGACUCGUCAUCAACCGAUUCAAACUCCUGGAGAAAAAGAAAACUGAGCUCGCUCAAAAGGCAAGGAAGGAGAUUGCAGAUUACCUGUCAGCGGGGAAGGAUGAGCGGGCACGGAUUCGUGUGGAACACAUCAUUAGAGAGGACUAUCUGGUGGAAGCCAUGGAGAUCCUAGAGCUGUACUGUGACCUGCUGCUGGCUCGUCUUGGCCUCAUUACAUCCAUGAAGGAAAUGGACCCAGGCCUGCAGGAGGCAGUGUCCACGCUUAUUUGGGCAGCACCCCGUCUCCAGGCUGAAGUGAAUGAGCUCAGAAUUGUGUCUGACCAGCUGUGUGCAAAAUACAGCAAAGAGUACGGCAAGCUGUGCAAGACAAACCAAAUUGGCACAGUCAACGAAAGGCUGAUGCACAAACUGAGCGUAGAGGCCCCUCCCAAAAUCUUGGUGGAACGCUACCUGAUAGAGAUCGCCAAGAACUACAAUGUUCCGUAUGAACCUGACGCAAUGGUCCGGCCUGAGGUGUGUGCUGGAGAGGAGGCAGACCUGAUUGACGUUGACAAUGACAAGAAGUUUGGAGGAGGUGGUGGUGGUGGCGGCGGCGGCGGCGGCGGAGGAUUCACUGCUCCUGCUGGUGCCAUGCCUAUGCCCAUGCAUAUGCCCAUGCCAAUGCCAAUGCCCAUGCCCACAGCUUUCAACUAUCCACCUCCCAAAGGAGCCGAUCAGUUUGGUACUGCUCCCGUUGGAACCUACAACAACUUCCAGCACCCAAUGGGAGGAGGGCAGCCCCCUCAGCUGCCCACUUCUCCCCCCACAUACGAGUCUAUUGAUGACCUUACUGACAAACCUUUUGUUCCUUCCCAGGCCACAGGUCCUGGCCCUUCCCAUCAGAGGUUCGACAACAACGCUCUCCCAGAACUCCCCUCUGUUCCCGACACACUCCCUACAUCCUCCUUUGGAGGACACACUAACACCUCGGAUGACAUCGACUUUGACGAUUUAACACGGCGGUUUGAGGAGUUGAAGAAGAAGACCUAAAUGCUACCACCCUGGUCCAAUCACACACACACACAUAUUCAUACACAGGCCCGUUUUGUCACAUAUGCAGCUCAAAACAGGAAAUGGAAAAUAUUCAUGCUCUCAGUCAGAUCUGGAGAGUUUACUCCUUCAACAGUGAAGUAAUGUUACAUAGAAAUUAAACAUACUUGUACUCUUACCUCAUUUGCAUAAAUAUGACCAUCUUACUGAGGAUGUGGUUGCUCAUUGGACCCUUCUUUAAUUUUCAUUAUUAGCAGAACUCUUGGUUCUUUUGGCAGUACAAACAAUUACCCAUUUUAUUUUCUUUCUUUC